AUGGAAUGCAUGUUGGAUUAUGAAGGAAUCCAAAGUUUCUGUAAGGACUUGGUAGAGGUGGCAGACAUUCUGGAGAAGACUACUGAGUGCAUUUCUGAAGAAACGGAGGCUGGGGACCAGAAGCUCACUCUGGAGAAAGUCUUCCGAGGGCUGUCACUUUUAGAAGCAAAGCUGAAAAGUGUAUUUACCAAGCAUGGUCUGGAGAAGAUGGCACCCAUUGGUGACAAAUAUGAUCCUCAUGAGCAUGAACUCAUCUGUCACGUGCCUGCUGAUAUUGGGGUACAGCCUGGCACCGUGGCAUUGGUAAGGCAAGAUGGCUACAAACUGCAUGGCCGCACUAUUAGACUUGCCCAGGUGGAAGUGGCAGUGGAGUCUCAGAAAAGACUAUGAGCAAGCCGUCAGGAACAGAAUGUCCUCCCAGACCACAGUCACCUGUGUUUCCUUUAUUUAUUAAUCUAGGUUUGUAUUGUACAUGAGGUACUUCAUGUGAUCUGUUUUGGAUAUAGUCACAUUGGCUUUAUUUCUAAGAUACUUUUGAUUUUAUGUGACCCAUUUGGUCUCAUGAGAAAUCUUGUCAUCAGGCAUUUGUGGCCUUUAUCAAGAUAUGUUUACAAAGUUAUUUUUAAAUUGGUACUCUGAUUGACUUUGAAUCCAAAAUUCUCUUAACUAUGUAUCUUCAAUGAAUUGUUGAAAUUAGUACACUAUAUUGUAUUUUGUGAUAGAAAAAAAAGAUUGAUUCAGCAUGUGGGUACUUAGCUUUACAUUUAUAUAAAAAUUUAGAUCACUUGGGUUGAUUUUUAUAUACAUGGAUUCCCAGGACUUCCCUUCUCAUUUUAUUAUUUUAUUAUUUUGCAUUUAGCCAUGCUUUGUGGUUCCUACGAGGCUCUGUACUCACGUCAUUGCUCCAUACCAACCCCCUCUGACUCCAAUUAGAAGGGCUGAUGGACCAGCCUAGACUUCGGAAGCAGAGAGCAUCAAGCAAUCCAAGAUACAUCCCUUUCAAAUAGAAAAUUAUUUGCAAAUAGAAAAUUAUUCCCAACAUAUAUCAUAAUUUUGGACAAACUGAGGCAGCACCAACAGCUAAUGACCCAAAUGGGUCUAUAUAGAUAAUUACCUGUAACUGCCCAUUCCACCAGCCCUGACUGCAUGUUUGUCAUAUUUGCCAUGGAAUGCAUGUUGGAUUAUGAAGGUGAUCUGGACAAAAACAUUAGAUUCCCCGGGUUUCUCAUUUCAUCCAGUUAAGCUGAGUGUUUAGGUUUUUGUUGUAUUUAAUUGGUAUUCACGAAUCACUACCUCCCUUGCACUGACAGACUUUGUUGUUUUGUUUUUUGUGGUGCUUGGAAUCAAAUCCAUGGUCUUCUACUUGCUGUGCUCCUGACUUAUUUCUCUAACCCUAACAGCUUUUGUUUCCUAGGUUUUAUAUCCAUUUUAAGUUACAUUUGUGUAAACAUCUAGUUCCUCUUUUAUGUAGAUAAUGGACCAAUGUAUCUUUUUUCAGUCCUACUUUGUAGCAUACUGUGUAAAAGCUAUGUCCAAGAAAUGACUUAAGUGAAUGAAUAAUACAUCAGUCAGAUGUUAGAAAGAAGUCUGAGGUAUUUUAAUUUUAGAAGAGCCUUACUCUAAUUUUAUCCUUUCUGCUUCUGAGGUAUGAGUUUCAGUCUUUUUUAGGACUGGAACUAAAGGGAAAAAUGUCAAUAACUUGAAUAUGGAACAAGUGGAUAUUCAGUCAUCUAAGAUUAAUAUACAUGCAGAUAUGUCCCAGCAACAAUUAGUUGUUGGCUGUACAGAUUGUAUGACUUUAAGCUCCUUACCCACAAAGUACUUCCCCUAAAACUCCAAAACCCUAUAGGGAAGCAAGCUGGCUUCUCUUCACCUUUCUAAGUUUCCUUGGGUAGGCUGUGAAUUAAACUGA